AUUAUAAGAUGCUUUCAUCCUCGGGUCUUAGGUACUGUACGUAUAAGGAAUCCUACAGUUGCAACUGCUAUCAUCUAGCUAGCUAAAGCACAGUCGGCUGCCCGGAAGCCAAAACCAGGGGAGCACAACAUGUCCACUCAACUCGAGGCCGCCUGUAUUGCCCGUCUCUCCCUACACGACCCCACCCACUUCAGCAUCCAGCACUCCCAGACUGUUCAUCGCCUGCAGCUCCUACAGCACUGGAACAUUCCGACUGGCGCCAAGGUGCUGGAAAUAGGCUGCGGGCAAGGGGACUGCACUACUGUCCUUGCCUCUGCCGUGGGCGAGCAGGGGAAGGUGGUGGCCGUGGAUCCGGCGGAUCUGGGUUAUGGUGCCCCGUAUACUCUCGGCCAAGCACAGGGUUACAUUUCCCAAGGCCCGCUGGGGAAACGGAUUACUUGGGUCCAACAGCCGCCCUUAGACUAUCUCUCCUCCCUCCCCUCGCCGCCCGCCAGCGAAAGUAAGGCCUUCGACGCAACGGUGCUCGCACACUGCCUAUGGUACUUUGCCUCCCCCGCCCUCAUCCUCUCCACCUUCCGCGCCCUGAAGCAGCACAGUGAGCGUCUCCUCCUUGCCGAGUGGUCGUUGGUAGCGGCGCACCCCUCUGCCCAACCUCACGUGUUAGCUGCGCUCACUCAAGCAGCGCUGGAGUGCCGUAAGCCCGUUAGCGACUCGAACGUCCGCACCGUGCUGGGACCAACGCGGCUUACCGAGUUGGCCCUGGCUGCCGGGUGGCAGCUGGAGAGUGAGGCCCGCGUGCAAGGUGGGGAGGGCUUGCUAGACGGACAAUGGGAAGUGUCUGCUUGUCUUUCGUCCUCUUUCGAGAAGGAGGUAGAGGAGGCAGUGAGUGAGGAGAGUGAGCGGGCAGUGGUUCUUGCGUCCCGGGAUGCGUGUGAGGCAAGUUUGGAGGGGAUAGAGGGGGGCCGGAAAGGAGUUAGGGCCAUGGAUGUUUGGGUGGCUAGUUUUGUCUGAUCCGGCAAUUUGAGCACGUCCCGGCGAGCCCUCUUCGAAGCCCGAUAUCUAAUUUUGCUUCGCACAGUAACCUGGUAUUGACGGUCUACCAAGUCUAUAACAGUACUCUUUAGUUAAACAAAUACACCUAUGAAGUUCCAGU